GGCGUUGGCGGGGCCGUGGGCGGCGCUCGGCAGCGCCACGGCCAUGGCGGCGGCGGCGGCGGCGGCUCGUUGCGCGCCCUGGCGAGCGCCGUGGCGGGGCGGCCUGCGGCGCUGGUACCGCACGGAGCGCGGCGUCUACGGCUACAAGCCGCGGAAGGCGGCGGGUGGCGGCGGCGGCGGCGCGGCCCAGCCGCGCGGCCCAGCAGUUGACCAUGGUCUUGCUCGUUUAAUAACUGCAUACUCCGAAUAUGGCCACAAAGCGGCGAAAAUAAACCCAUUAUUUGCUGGCCAAGCUGUUGUGAACGUGGUACCCGAAAUUCGAGAGCUGACAGAAGUUCUUCAAGGGCCUUUCAUUACCACGGGGCUUCUAAACAUGGGAAAAGAAGAGGCUUCCCUAGAGGAUGUGUUGACAUACCUUGACCACAUAUACUGCGGGCAUAUUUCCAUAGAAACAAGCCAGCUUCCAACCUUGGAGGAGAGAAAAUGGUUUGCUAAAAGGUUUGAAGAGCUAAAACAGGAAACAUUUACAACUGAAGAGAAAAAGCAUUUGUCCAAACUGAUGCUGGAGUCCCAGGAGUUUGAUCACUUCUUAGCCACAAAGUUUGCCACAGUGAAGAGAUACGGUGGUGAAGGAGCAGAGAGUAUGAUGGGUUUCUUCCAUGAGUUGUUCAAGAUGUGCGCAUACAGCGGUGUGACAGAUAUCAUUCUUGGAAUGCCUCAUCGUGGAAGACUUAAUCUCCUCACAGGCUUACUUCAGCUUCCACCUGAGCUCAUGUUCCGUAAGAUGCGUGGUUUGAGCGAGUUUCCAGAGAAUUCACCAGCCAUUGGGGAUGUUCUCUCCCACCUGACGUCUUCUGUAGACCUCGACUUUGGUUCCCACAGACCAGUGCAUGUCACCUUGCUACCUAACCCCUCACAUUUAGAAGCAAUCAAUCCAGUGGCGGUGGGCAAGACACGGGGAAGGCAACAGACUCUGCUUGAUGGAGAUUACUCCCCAGAGAGCUCUGCGCAGCCUGGAGACAGUGUCAUUUGCCUGCAGGUUCAUGGUGAUGCUGCUUUCUCUGGGCAGAGGAUUGUUCCUGAAACACUGACCCUCUCUAAUCUACCACAUUUCAGAGUUGGUGGGAGCAUCCAUUUGAUUGUUAAUAACCAGCUGGGCUACACCACUCCUGCAGAGCGAGGAAGAUCAUCUCUGUACUGUAGUGAUAUUGGUAAAAUUGUUGGGUGUGCAGUUAUCCAUGUGAAUGGAGAUGAUCCUGAAGAAGUUGUCCGUGCCACACGACUAGCUGUUGAGUACCAACGCCAGUUCCGCGGGGAUGUGAUAGUGGACUUGCUGUGCUACAGACAGUGGGGCCACAAUGAACUUGAUGAGCCGUUCUUCACCAACCCCAGCAUGUACAAAAUCAUCAGAUCGCGUAAGAGUAUCCCAGACACAUAUGCAGAACAUCUAAUAGCUGGUGGGCUCAUGACUGAGGCUGAAGUAUCUGAGAUAAAGACAACAUACUAUUCUAAACUGAAUGAUCAUCUUGCCAACAUGACUUUGUAUAGUCCACCUCCUACCAACUUGCAGGCUCACUGGAAAGGCCUGGUCGAGCCUUCUGCUAAAAUCACCACUUGGGACACAGGUAUGCCUGUGCCGCUUCUCCAGUUUAUUGGAAUCAAGUCUGUAGAGGUGCCCGAAGAACUCCAGAUGCACAGUCAUCUUCUGAAGACUUAUGCACAGUCAAGGGUACAAAAAGUGGAGGAGGGAAAAAAGCUGGACUGGGCAACAGCAGAAGCUUUAGCCUUUGGUUCACUACUGAGCCAAGGGUUUAAUGUCAGACUAAGUGGACAGGAUGUUGGCAGAGGAACCUUUAGCCACCGACACGCGAUGUUGGUUUGCCAAGAGACAGAUGAUACCUACAUACCUCUGAAUCAUAUGUCCCCAGACCAGAAGGGCUUCCUAGAGGUGAGUAACAGUCCCCUGUCUGAAGAAGCUGUGCUUGGCUUUGAAUAUGGAAUGAGUAUUGAGAGCCCUCAGUUACUACCAAUUUGGGAAGCUCAAUUUGGAGACUUCUUUAAUGGAGCCCAGAUAAUAUUUGACACUUUCAUCUCUGGAGGUGAAGCAAAAUGGCUUCUGCAGAGUGGAAUAGUAAUUCUUCUUCCCCAUGGCUAUGAUGGUGCAGGUCCUGAGCACUCUUCCUGCCGGAUGGAGCGUUUCUUACAGAUGUGUGACAGCGCAGAAGAGGGAGUUGAUGGAGACCAGGUGAACAUGUCAAUUGUGCAUCCCACCACCCCAGCACAGUAUUUCCAUUUACUCCGGCGACAAAUGGUCCGAAACUUCAGGAAACCUCUGAUCGUUGUAUCUCCCAAAGUGUUACUCAGGCUCCCUGCUGCUGUGUCCAGUUUUGAAGAAAUGGCUCCAAGGACAACAUUUAAACCGGUCAUCGGUGACUCCUCAGUAGAUCCUAAAAGUGUCACCCAAGUAGUUCUUUGUUCUGGCAAACAUUACUAUGCUUUGGUGAAACAAAAAGAGACACUAGGAGAGAAACAGAACAACACAGCUAUUGUGAGACUUGAAGAACUGUGCCCUUUCCCCCUGGAAGCUCUGCAGCAAGAGCUGAGCAAAUACAGCCGUGCCAAAGACUUUAUCUGGAGUCAGGAAGAACCGCAGAACAUGGGUCCAUGGUCCUUUGUGUCACCACGGUUUGAAAAGCAGCUGGGAGUUAAGCUCCGUCUUGUGAGUAGACCUCCUUUACCAGCCCCAGCAGUUGGCAUUGGAACCCUGCACCAGCAGCAGCAGGAAGACAUUCUUACCAACACAUUUGUCUAAGAGCUUUCAAUGGACAGACUGCAGUACUUCUGCUGUCGAUCGUGUUUGUUACCUCCUCCUGUGAAGAACAAAAGCCAGACUUAAUUUUCCAAGAUCGAAAAUGAAUGGAACAAAUAUUAUAAUGAUGAACAAAUCUUUACAUGUGGGGAUACAUGAAGAUGACAGCUGAUGCCUGUUACUCUAGAUAUUUCUUGUCAUCUUGUAUUUUCUACAGAAGAUAUUUUAAGAGGGGAGUGGGGGGGAUAGUCUAGGGGGCAGACCAGUGAGGUGGCUAUAAAAUACCUUGUGUCAGGUUGCUUAUCUGCACUUGACAGUUUGCUGGGAUCAUGCCUGUGUGGAAAUGGUUUCUUGUUUCCACAGAGCUGCUAGUGCUGUUUGAAUAAAUGCUGCCCCAUGCCUGGGAAUGAGCCAUUUCUGUA